AUGAAGAAGCAUAACUCUGUGCAGGGAACUUUUAGCCGACUCUUCGGAAAAAAACAUGCCAGCAACAAUUCCACCAGCUCCCUCUACGCCACCAACCCCCCUUGGAUCUUCACACAGGAGGUGAACUCUGACAACCUGACACGUUCCGGUCAAGUGGAUGGCAUUUAUUAUGGUGACAAUCACUUUGGUUCAAUGACAGAUUCGGGAACAGCAACGCUUAAAGCACGCCCAAGAGUCCGGCCUUUAUUGACUUUCCUACCCCUUAAUGCUCAAGAGGCACAUGGAGUGGCUGUCCCGACACCAUCAGUGCCUGAAGGGUUUGAGGACAACCCAUCUCUGGGACUUGGUUCCCAAAUCAAUGGCAAUUAUAGACAGUACAGUUCAGAAGUUGAUCUGAGGCCAAAAACAUUUGAGCAAAACUACUUUGAUGAUUACAUUCCACCACCACCAUCGAUUCCUCCUCCUCCACCACCACCUUCACUUGACCUAGCACCACCUCCACCUUCCAUGGAAGCUCCACCUCCACCUUCCAUGGGAGCUCCACCUCCACCUUCCAUGGGACCUCCACCUCCACCUUCCAUGGGACCUCCACCUCUACCUUCCAUGGGAGCUCCACCUCCACCUUCUAUGGAAGCUCCACCUCCUCCACCAAUGGUGCCUCCUCCACCACCAAUGCCAGCUCCAUCUCUGGCUUCACCUUCAUAUCCAUCUUCUAAUUUGUCUUCCCCCAGUACUCCAUCCCCACCAGACUUCAUUCCUCCUACUCCUCCUCUGGUUUUUAUGGAUGCUACAGCUUCUCCCAGGUCUCCACUUUCACCACAACUUCACACUCCACCCUUCUCAAAUGGUGUGUCCAAAUGGAAAUCUGAGACGGUUCUGAAUCUGAGACAACCAGAUAGCACCCCUCAUAAUCUGAAUCAUGUCUCCCCAACAACCCCAACCCAGAAGGUGUCACAGGUACCACAACACAACCCAGAUCCUCAUCUCACCUUUCCCAGGUCAUUAAAAAUACCACCUCCAACUCCUGUGAGAACAUCAUCUAUUUCCUCAGGAGAAAAAGAAUCCAAGCCAAAAGAUGAGCAGCUCCCUAAAAUGAUUCCUCACAGCCGACCGCCCCUGCCAGCUAACUUUACUGUACGGUCUGCAGCCAUGGUUGACUCAGAAGGAGAUGAUAGGAGUAAAGCUACACUGGAAAAGCCUUCCAUAUUUAUAACAGAGUCUGAAAGUACAAAGCUAACAUCAGGUACUAACACAGGAAAAACAGAACUUCCUUCUCCAGAUUGUGCAUCCUCUAAUGAUGAUGGUGAUGCUGAUGAUGAUGAUCAUGAUGAUGGUGAUGAUGGCAGUGACAAUGACAAUUGGAAGGAACGUGCCAAUUUAGACAAACUGAAACAUGAGCUGUCAGCCCUGUUGUCCUCUUCGUGCAGAAAGGAAGAUAGGCAGCUAGACAGAACUGUCCUUCCAAAGACUAAGACCAAUAUUAUGGAUAGCAACCAGGCUACUACAGAUGAAUCAAAGCAAACUAAGUCUGUCUUGAGAAGUCCACAGCCAACAGCAGGGACAAAGAAUGAAAAGAAAGAAAAGAUACCUUCUAACACACCUUCUCCAAACAAAGACCCCACCAAUGAUGUUGUCUCCAUACCCAACAAUAAGGUCAGUCCCAUUCAAGCUAACUGUGUUUUGAAAUUCAAAGAUGAAUUGGAAGCUUUGCUGUCUCCAUCAAAGGAUGGAGGCCCACCUUUGGCUCUUGCAAACCUGAGACAUAAUCCAGAACCAAAGAAGCAAAUUACUCUUCAGUUUGGUGGCAGCCAUAUCAAUGGUGGUGAGUCCAAGCUUCAAAAACCCACAGGAAAUCAGAAUAACCCAACACUGGAAGUUACAGAAAGAGCACCUAAGACACCCAGUGUCUCUUCUGAUCACCUGCCUUGUGAUAAAGCUUAUAAACCUCCACCCUCUCCCCUGAAGCCAAAGAAUGAACUCUUGGUUCCAAGUGCACCUUCACCAGCCUCUUCUGGGCCUGCCUCGCCUGCACGAACUGCAUCCCCCAGCAUGGAUUUUUCUCUCCUGCAAUACAAGACACAUCGGACAAGGUUUGGCUCUGUUGAUAGUCUGGCCUCUGCAGCUUCUUCCCAAACUGCAGAAGAUGGACCGGUCAGCACAAAUAAUAAUGAAAACCGAAGAGACUCUGCUGAGCAUGUGUCCUCAGUGACAUCCCCCCUGUCAGAGAAAGGGAACAGUGACAUUUUGAUUCAUCCAGUUACAGGAGAGAAGGUGGAGAAAGGUUCCCCAAUGGCUCUUCUCCUGGCUGCACAACAGCGGGCCCAAAGAGGAAGGGUUUCUGCUCAGGCCUCCAGGCAGAACAGCUGCUUAUCAGAGAAACCUCUGCUCAAGUUAUCAGAAAAGCUGCACAAUAACAGCCAAUCAGAGACAGGCUUGUCUGCCAUUUACUUCAGUGAUUCCAAGCCCAAUUCUGUCACGGUUAUACCCAAGUCUCCUCAAAAGGAAUCUGUAGCAGGAAGAAAGCCGCAUAAUGGAGCAAGUGCAUUCAAUAGCAAUGUCUCAGGCUUGGCAGAUAUAGGGCAGGGGGACCAUAAGCCACAUACAUUCUCCAGUGCCUCAGAACAGUGUGGGAAUGCUUCAAAACUCCAGGAAUCUCAGAAUCUGGCCUCGUCAAACAGGCAUGGUCCUUCCAUUUUAGUUCAAGGCCUCCUGGAAUCCAGCCGCCUGAAACAGCAAGGAUCUCACAGUGUGCCAAAAACACCCUUACACUCUCAAACUGCACCUGAAAACCACACUGUGCCCAAUAAUGAUGAGCUGGAAGGUGAUUUUGAUUAUGAGAUCAUUCCUCCACCACCAGAGUUCAGCAAUGGUGCCAAGGGGCUUCCAGAUGGCUCUUCAAAGUUGGAAGAGAAUCACAAAGCUGCUAAUGCUCCAUACAAUUUUCAGGGCUCAGAUAGGAAACCUAAUUUCAUUCCCUCAAGCUAUAGCAACAGUUAUUCCCUGGCUUUGAAUUCAUCUCUGGAAAACAACACAAGGCCUGAUGGAUACAGUCACCAUUACUCAGGUGGAAGCUACUCUCCUAGCUACCUCAGUUGCUAUUCCAGCAGUCGUCCUUUGAUAAAGAAGCGUCUCUAUGUGACAGAAACCGAGGGAUCAUAUGGCAGGGCAGCCAUGUCCUCUCGCAGUAUGAGCACACCCAGUUCAUAUGGCCCCAACACAAUGGCAUUCAAUACCCAGGCUAUGGAAGGGAUGCGCCGAGUCAACUCUGCUCACAGGAAUGUUCCCAACAGUGCACAGGGCAGAAGGGUAUCCCUGGAGCUACCUGGGAAAAUGGUGACUUAUAAUAAUUCUGCCAGUGAUGCCAAGUAUAAAGGGCAGAAUGGAGAGUACUCUAUGAGCACAGCAGCUGCAGCCAGACUUUCCCACGGAAGUCCUCAGUAUAGUAGAACUGCAAAUACAUUCACCGUCAGGCCUGGGACAAGACAACCCAUUUCUUAUUCAUCAUACCAAGGAGGUCUUCGUUAA